ACUUCUGGCUGUGUGCUCUGCAGAGACCUCGUUGGCUGACUGGAGUAUACGUCAGCGCCGCUCUACUAUAACCCCCUGAAGCCUCUGGCGGUCACACAGACGCAAGGGUAAAAGUAGCAGCUCCAACUGUUGCCCGGACUAACCCGCUCAGCAUCCGCGUCCCACACAGUCUGACACAGAGGAGCGAGACGGCUCGCCGAGCACGACGCGGAGAGAGGAGAGGUGGAACAUUUACGCACAGCCUCUUUUUAGUCUGGAGUGAUUUGGCGCGUCCUGAAAGCCCACCUUGGAUAGUUUUCAGCAUUUUUCUGCACUUUUUGCCUCUUGGAUUUUUAUUUUGUCCUCGUUUCAGCGCUUAAAUGCCAGCUUUAACUAUGAUUUCGUCGCACCUGUUGCUGUUGAUGUUCAACUGUUUCCUGGGUGCUGCGUCAGUUAGGACCAUGAAGGGGGGCUCUGGGAGCGCACAGGACAGUGGCUUCCUCCAGUCCUCGUCGGACCCUUUUUCGGAUGAUCCGGAUCAAGACAUGGUCUCCCAGCACAUGUCCAAACUGUACGAGAAAUACAACAGGGAAAACAGCCUCACUGAGGGAAAUACUGUCAGGAGUUUCAGAGCCAGCCAAGACUCCUCUGACCACAGGACGGUGUACCGGCUAAACCUUACAACCCUCCAGGACUCAGAGGUCAUCCUCUCGGCCACAUUCCACUUCCUGCUCGAUCGGCGCCCUCAUCAGAAACCCUGGUUCUGUAAACGCUUCAGAAGCCCGUCCUGCCGCUCCUCAGCCGUCCACCCUUCUCCGUCCAUCAGCCUCCUCCUUCGCUCUGUCUCCUCUGGGUCAGAGGUCAGAUCGGGGUCAAUGGGGUCAUUUCUAGGCAACGUGACCUUCCACCCCCACAGGAGAGGGGUGUGGCAGAUGAAAGAUGUGACCCAGGUCAUAAAGGAGGCACAGGACAAGGGUCAUCUCCUGGUGUCAGUGGAGUUGGAUUUAGGACGGCAGUACCAGAGGAAAUCAGAGGAGGCGCUGUCUGCAGGUGGCCUGCCCUACCUGUUACUGUAUGCAAAUGACCAAGCCUUGGCAGAGCCCAACAGCGUGGCUGCAAGCCUUCAGAGAUAUGACCCGUUCAGCGAAGGAGGAGAGCCCUUACAUUCUUCACAGCUCCUGCACAGACCUAACUCCUCACCAGAGUUGAAAGGACGCGUGAGAAGGGAAGCAACUCUGCUCUCUGACCCCAUUCAGAACAAUGAGCUGCCUGAGGUUGACUACAGGCCUGAUGGAUACAGGAAGGAUGACCUUUGGGAGAGCACUUGGUACCUGGCGCUCAAACCCAAGCCUAAAUCAGGAAAGAAGGAAAAGAAGAGAAAGAGCCAGGAGGAAGAGGGAGUGACGGUGCAAGGUAGAGGAGCACGAGAUGAAGAAGAGCCUCUGGUUCUCGAGGAAGGAGAAGGAACAUCGCAGGGGCGCAAACCUGACGACACGAAUGUGAAAAAACUCAAAGAUAGCCGCGUGCUGACUGUUGGCGAUGGUCGAAAGCACGAGCGGAGGAAUGAGGGAAAGGAUGGAAAAAAGCACAAGGGGAGCGCGAACUCUCAGUCACCUGUGCUGAGUUUUGAUGAACAAACCAUGCGUAAAGCCAGGAGGAGGCAGUGGGGGGACAACCAGCACAGGGGCUGCUCCAGGAGGAACCUCAGAGUGGAUUUUGCAGACAUUGGCUGGAGCGAGUGGGUCAUAGCGCCCAAGGCCUUUGAUGCCUACUACUGCGCUGGCACAUGUGGAUUUCCCAUGCCCAAGGUGGCGAGGCCAUCUAACCACGCCACCAUCCAGAGCAUAGUCCGAGCCGUCGGGAUCAUCCCCGGAGUUCCUGAGCCCUGCUGCGUCCCAGAAAAGAUGAGUCCUCUGGCUGUUCUCUACCAGGAUGAAUCCAGGAACCCAGUGCUCAAGGUUUACCCCAAUAUGUCCGUCCAGUCCUGCUCCUGCAGAUAGGAAGGGGAGGGCAAGGGGGGCAGAGGAUGAAACAGGCUGGAUGUGGAGAGAAACAGAAAACAGGACUAAUGGAGACAGAACCAUACCUCUGUUUGUCAAGUGGUUUCUUGAUACUAAGAAACAAAGUCACUUUGGCCGUCGUUAUUCCUGGAGGAACAUAGGCUGUAGAGAAAUCACUUCCAUCUCUUCUGCCCUGCGGCAGCAGACUUGAAGAGACACAUUGUCUGGCGGCUGCCUUAGCAAGAGGAACAGAGUCGCACAUGUAAAGUCCGGGCUCCUCAUGUCCAAGAUGCCCAGUUGUUUCGAUCCUGCCCUUGAGAUAAUAUUGAGGAUUUCAUGGGCAGGAGCAUUUAAGGGAUGUUUUCCUUUCAUCGCAGAACUUUUUCAAACAGCUCACAGUGAGUUUGUGUUCAUGUUUUCUUUGGACACAAAGGCUCUAAAUAAAAGACUUUAUCAUUUUGUCAUCGGGCAGCUCACACAGUCAGGGAGAUUAUGAGACACAUUUCUACAUUUUUACAUGCUGUGUGCAGCUGCUCUUACUUUUAAGAUAAUCAUAUGCCACACUGUACAUACAUGCAAAGUUAAUUUGUUUGCGAGACAGGAAGAUUAUUUUACAUACUUGCUCUGUAUAUCUUUAAAAGGAAAUAUCCAAUGGAUUGUAGAGAGCAUCUGGAAUUCAUUCACACCCACCAACCCCCUCAUAACUCUUCAAGAAUGUUAUAUUGAAACCAGAAAUAUUUUUCUAUUUUGAAUGUGAAACUUGGUUAAAAAUAAUUUGUCAUGGUUACUAGGUCAUGUAUUACUAUAUUUUAGAUGAGAUGGUCUCUUGUACAUGUGUAUUGUUUAAAUUAUGAAAAGGUAACCUUCUAUAAAUUAGAAUAAAAAAGUAAUUUAAUCCCAGGCUCUUGCUGGAAUAUUAUUGUUUCAUACACUUUGUGUUAUUCUUGGUCGUUGCUGCAUAUAACGCUUGAUUCUUGGGGGAACUUUUCUUGUUAAAACAAACCUAAAGGGGCACCACUGUUCCAAAAUAACUUAGGACAAAAGCAGGAAGGUUCCACUCAAAGAUAACCAACAUUCCCCUAAAGCCCCUUGAACCCAUUAUUACCCCACACCAAAGGCUCAGACGUCCGUUGUCCAGCAUAUAAUGUGACUGAUGCAGUUGUUGUGGGUUAAUGGUUGAUGGAGGAAGCAGGCACGCACCUAUUAGGACGUCAGCCACUGGAACUUCAAAACAUUAUGCACCCCACCCCCUCGAGCGCAGGAUGUUCUCCUCAACCACUUUAACUCGACCUCUUGUCGCCUUCAUUCACAAGAGGAAGACGGUGAGCCAUGUGGUGCCUAAACAGUGUGUCAAGCUGACAGUGAAAUGACAGAGGGAACUUUUUGAUUAUCAACCCAUUACGCUGCGGCUGCUUUUGCCUUGAGCCUGAAAAAGUUGGCACAGAGCUCCACAUCUGUUUGCAACAGCAGAAGGCUCUGAAGUUUGCCAAGACUGGACAGUAAUUUUGUCUCAAAGAAAGAGACAUUUAGUAACCGCUUACGGGGGAAAAGGAACAAAAGGCUGGGCCCUGAUGUUGUUUAUUGUAAAGAAUAAUGCUGUAAGUCUUUUGGCUUGCAAUUGUGCAGGGAGAGCUAAAAAAAGAACAGUCAGUCGCCUGUCAUCAUCUCUAAAAACGAACUGUGCCACCUCCCUGCUGUCUGCAUUGCUUUGUCCAUCACAUAUACAUAGACUACAAGACAGUAUUCAGCCUCUUUCAAAGUUGUUGUGUUUUAUUGUCUUACAGUAAUGAGUCAAAGGGGAUUUAAUGUUUCUGCAAAUGUGGCAUUGACUCAACAAAAUCUGGACCUUUAGGAAACAGGUGUACUUCUGCUGCAGUCAGUUUAUCUCAUUGUCGACACAACGUGUGACUCCAUUUAACUAAUAAUGUGAAACCAACUCUGUGCGCCACACACUGAUGAUUUAGAUGCAUGUGUGUGGGGGGGAGGUGAUUUGCAAACAUAUAUUUUGUAUUUCAUAUUUGUAAUUGAUUUAGAUCAAUUUGUAGAGACCUGCUUCCACUCGGAUAUAAAAGGGUCUUAUUUUCUGUUGAUCAGUGUUAAAAAUCCACAUUAAAUCUCUGACAUCUGAUUUAAUGUUGUAAAACAAUAAAACAUGAAACAUUCCAAGAAGGGCGAAUACUGUGUGUAUUAGACCAGUAACUAUAAUAAAAAAGGGAAAUCUAAUCAUUUUACCUACGUAACAUAAACCAUGUUAAACCCUAUUU